AUGGGGGAUUAUAGUGUGAUCAGUGAUGGCGAUUACGAUUACUGUUAUCAAGAUUGCGAGUAUUAUAAUUGUGAUUAUGAUUCUGACGGAGAUUCUAUGGAGGACGAUGGGUAUCUAAUGGAGACUGAAAUUAUAGAGCCCAUCAAUUCAAGUGGUCCAACCAGUAAGGUAAUCACAAAAGAAUCACUAUUGGCUGCACAGAGGGAGGACCUUCGCAGAGUAAUGGACUUGCUGUCACUGAAGGAACACCAUGCACGAGCCUUACUUAUUCACUAUCGUUGGGAUGUUGAUAAGGUGCUUCAAUUGCUUGUAGACAAGGGGAAAGAGAGAUUAUACGCUGAUGCAGGUGUGACAAUCACAGACCAUAGUGACCUUGCACAAUCCCAAUCAUCAUCUUCAGUGGAGUGCGGUGUUUGCUUUGAUAAUGUGUUGGCCAGUGAAGUGAGUGCCAUGGACUGUGGUCAUGUUUUUUGCAAUAGCUGUUGGACUUCACAUUUCAUUGUGAAGAUAAAUGAGGGUCAGAGUAGACGCAUUCAGUGCAUGACACCCCAGUGCAAUGCUGUAUGUGACAAUGUGAAAGUCAGGCAUUUUGUUAGUGCAAGGGAUCCUUAUCUAGCAGAGAAAUUUGAUCGAUUUCUUUUAGAGUCAUAUGUUGAGGAUAAUAGAAGAGUGAAAUGGUGCCCUAGUGUUCCCCACUGUGGAAAUGCAAUACAAGUCGAUGAUGAUGUACUUUGUGAGGUUGAAUGUGCUUGCGGCGUACAGUUUUGUUUUAGUUGCUCUUCUGAAGCACAUUCACCUUGUUCGUGUCGAAUGUGGGAGUGUUGGUCAAAGAAAUGCCAGGAUGAAUCAGAGACAGUCAAUUGGAUUACAGUUCAUACAAAGCCCUGCCCAAAAUGUCACAAGGCUGUUGAAAAGAAUGGAGGAUGCAACCUAGUACGCUGUAUUUGUGGGCAAGCAUUUUGUUGGCUCUGCGGCUGUGCCACUGGUAGAGAGCAUACUUGGGAAAGAAUCAGCGGUCACAGUUGUGGGAGAUAUAAAGAUGACCAUGAAAAGAAAGCUGCUUGUGCGGAAAGGAAUCUUGCUCGUUACAUUCACUACCACAACCGAUAUAAGGCUCAUCUAGAUUCUUUUAAGCUUGAAUCAGACCUUAAGGAAGCCAUUCGGAGAAAAGUAUCAAAACUGGAAGAGAAGGAAUCAACAAGUAAAGACUUCAGUUGGAUAACCAAUGGACAAUACAUGCUCUCGAGAUCAAGGCAUAUUCUUUCACUUACUUAUGUACUUGCAUUUUACAUGUUUGACGAUAACACUGAACUGACCAGUGAGGAAAGGAGAAUUAAAAAGGACUUGUUUGAGGACCAGCAGCAACAGUUUGAGGGAAAUGUUGAGAAGCUUUCAUUGCUUCUAGAAGAGCAAUUUGAUGAGUACGGAGAGGAUAAAAUUGAGAAUUUGAGAAUGAGGAUCAUUGCUGUUUCAGUUUCCACUGACAAUCUCUGCCGAAAUUUGUAUGAUUGUAUUGAGAAUGAUUUACUGGGCUCGCAGAAGUUUACAGUUCAUCAGAUAUCUCCUUACAGGUCAAAAGGUGUGCUGAGAGAUAGAAUUAGAAGACGAGAACAAUUUCCUGAUGGCAUGUGUCGAGUAAAUUCUCCGACUUCACCGACUAAACACAAGCGAUUCCGCGACCACAAGAAAAUUUUGGUUUCAACGAGCUGGAGGGGUUGUGGCUGGGACAAAGGAGUGGCUAGGAUGAGGGUUUGGAUAAAGAGUGAAAAAUGGUCGUUGUUGGAUGGUGGAGCAGGCUGUGGUACCACAAGUUGUGGUGGUGAUGGGCAUUUGGUAGUAGGUUGUGGUGAAAAGGAGGUGGCUACUAGAGUUUGCUUGAUGGAAGACAGUGAUGGAAUACUGGAUGGAUCACAGUGA